AUGUCGACUUGGGGCAAAUACUACCGAGUAACCACCUAUGGUGAAUCUCACUGUCGAUCGGUCGGUUGCAUCAUCGAUGGCUGCCCUCCUGGCAUGCGUUUGACGGAGGAUGAUAUACAACCUCAGAUGACUCGCCGCAGACCGGGCCAAUCUGCUCUAACCACUCCAAGAAACGAGAAAGACCGAGUAGAAAUCCAGUCGGGCACGGAAUUCGGUGUUACUCUCGGCACUCCUAUUGGCGUUAUAGUGCGCAAUGAAGACCAAAGACCCAAAGAUUAUGGUGGAAAAACCAUGGACCUCUAUCCACGACCUAGCCAUGCUGACUUUACUUACCUGGAGAAAUAUGGCGUUAAAGCCAGCAGCGGUGGAGGUAGGAGUAGUGCUCGCGAGACCAUUGGACGGGUGAUAGCGGGCACCGUUGCAGAAAAGUACCUUUCAUUAGCCCAUAACGUCGAGAUUGUUGCCUUUGUUUCUUCGGUCGGCUCAGAGUAUCUCUUUCCCCCGACAGCCAAGUAUCCAUCUCCCGCAACAAACCCGGCAUUUCUCUCGUUGAUCUCAAAGGUCACCCGACAGGAGGUCGAUUCUUUUGUCCCAGUCAGGUGUCCGGACGCCGCUGCCACAGCGCGUAUGACCAAGGUGAUAGAGAAGUUCCGAGAUGCGCAGGACAGCAUUGGAGGCACAGUGACCUGUGUGAUCCGAAACUGCCCGAUCGGGCUGGGUGAGCCCUGCUUUGACAAACUCGAAGCAGAGUUGGCCCAUGCCAUGCUGAGCAUACCGGCGACGAAGGGAUUCGAAAUCGGUUCUGGAUUUGGUGGUUGUGAGGUGCCAGGAUCGGUACACAAUGAUCCAUUCAUUGCUGCACCAGUCGGCGAGACGAAUGAGAGGCGAAAGUUGACUACUAAAACCAACAAUUCAGGAGGCAUCCAGGGGGGAAUAUCCAACGGUCAGGACAUUUACUUCCGGGUCGCAUUCAAACCCCCGGCCACCAUCGGUCAGGCACAACAGACGGCGACCUACGAUGCUGAAGACGGCGUGUUGGAGGCAAAAGGCAGACAUGACCCAUGUGUGGUCCCUAGAGCCGUGCCGAUUGUGGAAGCCAUGGCGGCACUAGUACUCAUCGACGCGCUCAUGGCCCAGAAUGCGCGAGAGAGUGCGAGAAGUCUCCUGCCGCCACUGAAAACGACGUUGCCUGUAAAAGAAAGUGGGACUUCAGCAAAUCCGGAAAAUGUCGCCGAACAUUUGAAUGGCUUGAGAUGA